CCGUUUGGUUUAGUCCAACAUGGUGGCCCUAGGUGAGGCCUGACUGAACCAUCUUGGGAGGUGGAAAGGGAGAGAGACCAAAUAUCCCUCUCUGUAUAGAUUAAAAAUAAAACGCACCCUGGGUAUCAGAUACCGCAGCAUAUUUAAGACAAGGGGGCAAAGUGAGAAAACGGUGUAACACUAGGAUAAUAUAUCCCUGGUACGCCUACAAAUGUUGUGUAAUGGACUUGUCCAAUGCGUGGACGCUACCAACGCCAAUCGAAGGGAGAAUAAUAUGCGGCCGUAAAAUUAGAAAGACUGUUUGAACCCCCAGUAAGAAGGGGUCACGUUCAGGAUGGUACGGUCCAACAAGGGCCGCCACAUCAGCGCUCGCUCUCUUUCACGUGGUCGGAAGAGCACUUCUGAAGGAGGUUUCCAGGCGCUGGGAACAGGGGACGUGUGACCGCCAUGACACUAGAGGCAAAACUUGGCAAAGCCUCCAGUAAUUGAGCCAAAGGAUCCGGAACAGCUGCUAAUGCAGACGCCCCAGGGAAACCCGCUGCUGCUUUCCCACACCCUACAAGAGCUGUUGAGCAAGGACACUGUGCAGGUGGAGCUUAUACCUGAGAAGAAGGGCCUUUUUCUGAAACAUGUGGAGUAUGAAGUUUCCAGCAAGCGCUUCAAGUGCUCUGUGUACAGGCGAUACAAUGACUUUGUGGUAUUCCAUGAGAUGCUGCUUCAGAAGUUCCCAUAUCGUAUGGUGCCUGCACUUCCUCCAAAGAGAAUGCUGGGAGUGUUCCCUCCUGUAGCUGACCGAGAAUUCAUAGAGUCUAGGCGGCGGGCUCUGAAGCGUUUCAUUAAUCUGGUGGCUCGACAUCCCCCUUUCUCAGAAGACGUGCUCCUGAAGCUCUUUCUCUCCUUUAGUGGCUCGGAUGUGCAGAACAAGCUGAGGGAGUUGGUCCAAGGAGUGGGAGACGAGUUCAUGACUUGUCAACUAGCCACCAGGGCCAAGGACUUCCUCCCAGCCGACAUCCAGGCCCAAUUUGCUGCCAGUCGAGAGCUUAUCCGAAACAUCUACAACAGCUUCUACAAACUGCGGGACCGUGCGGAAAGAAUAGCUUCCCGAGCCAUUGAUAAUGCCUCAGAUCUUCUCAUAUUUGGAAAGGAACUAAGUGCUUUGGGCUCAGACACUACACCACUUCCCUCCUGGGCUGCUCUGAACAAUAGCACGUGGGGGACUCUGAAACAGGCCUUGAAAGGCUUGUCUGUCGAAUUUGCGCUGUUGGCCGAUAAGGCUGUACAGCAGGGAAAACAGGAAGAGAGUGAUGUGGUGGAGAAGCUGAACCUUUUCCUGGAUUUACUCCAGUCCUAUAAAGAUCUGUGUGAGAGGCAUGAGAAGGGAGUACUGCACAAACACCAGCGAGCUUUGCACAAGUACAGUAUGAUGAAGAAGCAGAUGAUGAGUGCCACUGUGCAGAACAAGGAGCCAGAGUCCGUGGAACAGCUGGAGUCACGAAUUGUGGAGCAAGAGAAUGCCAUCAUGACCAUGGAGCUGCGGAAUUACUUUUCUUUGUACUGCCUGCACCAGGAGACACAGCUAAUCCAUAUCUACCUGCCUCUCACUUCCCACAUCUUGGGAGCUUUUGUCAACUCCCAGAUCCAGGGCCAUAAAGAGAUGAGUAAAGUUUGGAAUGAACUGAAGCCAAAGUUGAGCUGCCUGUUUGUGGGACCCCACAACAUGCCAACACCACCAUUGUCACCCCCAGAGGGCAACUUCUUUGCCAAUUAAUGCUCUGAGAUCUGACACUGACCAAGUCGAAGUGCGGUCACGAGAGGGGUGUGACCUCUAUCUCCAGAUAUUAAAAGGAAUCCUCCAAACAGCUAUUUUUAUACUGCUGCUUUGAGCUGCUCUCUGGACAGACUGGAAACAGAAGCACAUACAGAGAGAGAGAGACAAUCUCUUGAUUUUUUUUGUUGUUCUUUAUUUUGAAGUGCCCUGGGACACGACUGAGAUUCGUUGCCCCAGAGGCCCUCUGCCUAAGGACUGGAAGUGGCUUGGUACAUCAGGUGCUGCAGUUCAGCUGUUGCUGAAGUCCCGUGCUGCUCAUACUAACUGCCCUCUUGCAGCUAUCAACACGUAUACUAGCCAAUGUGUAAAGUGCUGAGACGCACAGGAUGUCUGAACCCUUCCUUGCUAUUUAAGCUUGGGGCCCAACCUAGAGGCAAAUAUGGGUAAGGAGAGCUGAAGGCUAGCCUCCCUUUCUCCCUAGGGUCAUUGGUUAGGUGUUUGAUUUCACAGUGCUAGAUCCACAUGCAAAACAGGGGAAAGCUUCUGGUGGGCUCUCUAGCUCUGCUGGGUGGGUCAGUGCUGGAUAUGAUGUUUCCCAGUGUGGGAAUUGAACUCAUGUCACAAAAUCUGUAAGAGUGCACACUGACAGCUGUCCAGUUUGGGCUCAGGAUCAUCCCCUAUCUCCCAGGUUUUUGCACCUCAGAGAUUUCAACCCGAGCAGCGUGAGGUCAAGGAGAGGGACUUUGCAGAAGAGGGGAGGUAUUUCGCCUUCCUCUGCAGCAUGGGGCACGGGUCACUUGAUGGAGGAUUCUCUGCAGCUUGAGGUCUUCAAACCACAAUUUGAGGACUUCAGUAACUCAGCCAUAGGUUAGGGGUUUGUUACAGGAGAUUCUGUGGCCUGCAUUGUGCAGGAGGUCAGACUAGAUGAUCAUAAUGGUCCCUUCUGACCUUAAAGUCUAUGAGUCUAUGAGAGCACAGGGCAUAUUUGCUCAUGAGUACUAAUGUGUGGCCAAAGAUGACCUUGUUGAACAGCAUUUCUUAUGGGAGUCUGCCGGUCACAUGUGUAGAAAAUAGCUGAUUGAAACUACGAUACAUCCCUUAGAAAGGGAUAACUCUUCAUACUGUUGAAGGACAGCUCUGGGGUGAUUAACUUUCCUGGGAAGAGCUGGAGUCUUCACUCCUGGGUGCCUGUGUUACACGCUGGUAUCCUCAGAGGACAGCUGCCUGUAAGAGCCUGAACUGGCUAAGGCUGAUGUUCCCUCUGAGCUACUAUCAAUUGUUACAUAACCAGGACAGGACUGAAAAUGUUCAGUUCAGCAGCAAGAGUCAGUAUUUAUCAUGGUGAUGCUGCCACUCUUUUUUGCCAGUACCACCAUGAUCAUCAUCUCUUGAAGAUGAAGACAAACGCCUUGAGGUGAAGGAGGCAAUAAGCUUCAAGUGAGUGAAAAGGAAACACACUUAACUAGGAAGAAUGAGCUGUGAAAUUUGGACCAUAAUUAUUUCCCUAUUCUAGGCAACUUGCCCAUUAAGGGGGUGGGGGUAUAGUCAACUUCUCUAAUUCUAGAAUUCUGAUUCUUAUAGUGUUGGCUAGUUUCUGCUGCAAGAGGAACUAUGAUUGAAAUAACCAAAGUUACUUGACAUAUGUCAAUAAGCUAAUCAGUGUUCUGGUGUCUGGGACAGGCAGGGCCCUUCCAGCUUUGAGAAACCACCACUGUGGGACAGGGGCUACGCUAGCUUGUCCUACAUACAACACUGUUUGUCUACACUGCAAUCAUCAGAUGUGACUACAGCAUGUAUAGACAUAGCCAAGCUCACUUUACCCUACCUAACUCAGCUACUGGGAGCAGUGAAGCCCUGGCAGUGCACAAUUCAGCACUUACUGUACAAAUGUGUCCAGAACCCGGGUGAUUACUUGGAUGACUAGCCCAUGCUGCUAUUGCUUCACUCCUACUCACACACAAGCUAGCUUGAUUAAACUAGCUAUGUGAACUGCAGCCACACUCUAUUAAUGCAGUGUAAACGUGCCCGGUGUGUGUCUCUUGGUGCUGGGGCUAGGGAGAGCCGUGACUUUUGACACACUUAAAAGGGUGAAUGUAAAAACAGAUCUUACACAGAAUGCAUUGCUUGUUAGCAGCUUAAGUGCUAACUCUUUCUAAUGCUUGCUCAAAAUGUUUCCCUUGCAACUAAUCUACCAUGCUUUGCAAGAGCCUGAGACAGGUGCUAGCGACUCUUUGGCAGAGAAUACAAAGCAAUACAGAAGAGAUUCUAUUCACAAACCAGGACAAAUUGCUAAGACCAUAAAUGUAUGUACAGUGUAAUAAUAAACUACCAUCUUGAGUGAUAGACAGGAAACAUUUCACCUUGUUUAGACUAGGAAGAUAGGUUGCUUUAUGUUAGCUUACAUUUUAAUGUGAUUUUAAACACUAGUGUAGACAGUAUCAAUGCUUUUAAAAAUGUGUUGCCUGGUUGUGGUCAACCCCAGCUCCUGCACCCCCAGCAUAAAUCUUUUUAUUUGUUUGGUAAUCAAAGAGUAGCGUGUCUACUGUUUAAAUUAAACAAAUAAUCAAAAUAAGAAAAUACUGUACAUUAUCUUGGAAAAGUCUGGAUCUCCCAUAUAAUGGGGAGCUGCAUUGCCUGCAUCAGUUGUCUGAUAGAGGGUGAUUGUCAGCAUAGCAAAGAGUUGGCUCUAGUAGAAAGAAACUUUGCCCUUUUUCACAGUUAUAAAAAGCCUGAAAGUGUAACAACUAUUUCUAAACUCUUAAGCUCAUAUUAAAGUUAGCUGUCCAAGGGAUAACUGUUCAUUGCUGUUCUUUACGCAGCAGCCCUUACAGGCUCUGCUUAUGGAAUUCAGUAGGAUAAUCAGCUUAAGCCUGUGACAUAUAUAAAUCUAUCUUAAAAAGAAAUGUUUCAUUGGAGUCGCUGAGUGAGAAUACAUCCAUUUGUGCAGUCGCCUUGUUCUAGCCCCUGAAUGAAGACAGGGAUGAGCAUACACUGCUUCAGUGAGGACUGCAGUUGCCUUUCAACAACAUCUGCUAAAUUUUGGGCAGCUUUCAAGAGAGAAUGAGUGCCUCGUGUUCAUAUACCUGAUACAGCCAAUGCCACAUCCUGGGGGACUGCCCUGGUUACUACUCCCUCUGUAAGCAUCUUCCUCUCAUACUGGAGUUCAUACAAGCUUUAACUUGCAAACCUAUUUUUAUAGACUUAGCCUUUCUGGUCUGAAAUCCAAAUGGUGGUGGCAUGACUACUUCCAGCAGCAGAGAAGGGGCUUCUGCACUUGUAUUCUCCUCUCAGUUUAGGGUCAAUGCAGUUUGCAGAGACAGCGUCUAUUACAACUUCUCUGCUGUGGAAGAGGGCCAGGUAGAAAAGUCAAACUGACUUCAGUUCUCUGUGUGCGACAAAUGCAAUGUAGAGGAAGCUGAACCAGCUGCUUCCAUGGUCCAUGCUAUGUUCAGACUAACAAACACAAAUAGUGAAAACAAAACAUAAUGCAUUGAACAAGCAGUUCCCAACACCAGAGCUGGUAGGGCAUUAGCUUGCCAAAUUUUCUCUGAUGACUAGAAUUAGUUUUGAAUUGAUGUUAAGCACAACAGGAAAUGAGUUGAAGAGGGCAUGCCAGUUAGCCAAGACCUGCUGUUGCUGUGAGCUCUAGAACCAAAGAGUUAAUGUGCCUUUCUGAAUGGAAGCUUUCUCUGCACAUAUUGACCUCAUGGGGGCUUCCACCCAUUUGCGAUGUGACUUUGUAGAUAAGGCAUCCAGACGUAUAAUUUUCAGUGCGAGUGUGUCUGCACCAGAAUGUCUUGAAGAAGCCAGGUCUGUAGAUAAAUAUGAAGCCAGAGAGGAGAACCUGACUCUUCAGUAACAAAAUUGGUCUCCUUUCCACCAAAAGAGCCAUGUAGCCUGCCUUUCCUAUUGCCACUGCUGUUUCUAACCGGAAGGGGACAACAUGCGGUUCCUACUCUGACCAGCUGCACAGAAGGUGUUUACAGAUGAGGAAACUUUCCAAACUAUCACUCUCCGCUCCCCUCCCCCCCCUUACCUGUGACUUGCUCAUGGGAUCACUAUGUUUAAACAGGGCCUUAUUCUCUUCUUGUCUCUGCUCCAUCUGCUCUUCCUUUUUGAUCACCCAUGGAAGUCACUGCUGAAUUUGUAACAGGCUAGCUGCACAAGUUCAAGACUGUGACUUUACUGAAAGAUGAAGCAGCAGCUCAGGUGAGGACAGAAUUCAAAAUACUGGUCUCCGCCAUAGUGGCAGAGGCAAUAGAGUGUUUGUAAUACAGAAUGAAUGGCAGAGGUACAAGGCACUAACUCUUAUCCUUUGCCUUCAAGCCAAGGCUUGCCACGUGCAUGAGGAAUGGCACUUUGACUAGUACAGACUAUUCAGAGCAGCUGGAUGGAGAUAGGAAGAAGCAGGCUUGGUUGGAGGAUGUGUUUGGGAAAACCCUGUAUCUUUGCUUGGCUCAAAUAGUCUUAUGUAUAAAGCACUUUAUCAAACUGCAGGAAUUAAAAAACUAUUACUACAGCUGAUAGACUGGAACUGUUUACAGAUUAUAUUACAUUCCAAGAUUCUAUCUCCAACUGUUUAAAAAAUAUGUAUUUGUAAGACAAAAAAAUACUUGUAUAAGAA